UUGCUCAGUGUCUGCUUCUUUCUCAAAACUUUUGCAUGGUUAUAGGAUUCUCUUGGAGGCAACAGCAGAAUUGUGAUGAUAGCUUGUAUCAGUCCUGCAGUGCAGAUAUUAAUGCUGAGGAAACUCUUAACACUCUUAAAUAUGCAAACAGUGCUCGAAACAUCCGGAACAAACCUAUCGUAAACAGAGAUCCUGUGUCCACUGAGAUGCUGAAAAUGCGCCAACAGCUCGAGUACUUGCAGGCAGAGCUCUCCUUACGGAAUGGAGGUGGAAGAGAAGCCAUCACCAGUGGAUUGUUCACUUCAAAUGGAAAUGGCAAAAGCCAUGGUGGAGGCUCUCUGAGUGGAUCAGGCACAGUGACGAAACACUUGUCAGGACUAAACCUCGACAUAAGGCUCUGCCUGAGAAGAUCAUGUGAUCUAGUUUCUUCAGAGAAAUGUUUUUUUUUGUUGUGUUCAAGCUCCUCUACCUGUGAAUGGGUGCAGGUAAUCAAUCUUUUCUAGGAUUAUUUAAGCAAGUUAGUGGAGGAUAGCAGAAGGCUAUUUAGGAGUUAGAUUGUUCUUUUUCGUGUUUGAUAAAAUUGACAUCUUCUUAUACAUAACUAAAUCAGUAA